GCGGGUACUACACCUAAAUAACUAACUGAUCCAUACAUAUACAUACAUACAUACAGUGUGUGUAUAUAUAUAUAUUAACAAUUGGUUGGGUUAUGUUAUCAAACAGUAUGUCCUCAUCGCAGGACUUUACAGAUAUUCAACAGCAAUUGAAAAAGACAAUAAUGGCUCAUCAGAUUGCUGUCUCCAAACUGCAAACCGAUCCACAGAAUCCGAUUUUACAAAAAGAGUUACACGAAUUGCAGACAACUAUCAAAACGUUAUCUGAGGAACAGAAAAACAAAAUCCAAUCAUUGAAACAACAGAUUGUAUUCAAGGAAAAGACAGCCAAAGAGCACCACAACAACAACCUAUUGGUGGACACACUUAUCACGUCGUCUACCGUCGGCGGCAGCGGUAAUAACAACAGCGGCGUCGGCACCGGUGUAUUAGUAUCGAGCAAUAACUGUAACAAAGAUACGCAAAACAAGUCUUCACCAGCGGUAGGCUCGGCGGCAUCAGCUGUGGCCACAACAGCAGCGACAACAGCGGUAACGACUACGGCGGCGGCGGCGGCGCCAGUGAUCGCCACAAAUAGACCGGCACUAAUAAUACCAAAGUUGACAACCAGUGGCCAUAGAGUUAUCGGCAACGUCCAGACUAGUGGUGGUAUUGGCGGUCAUCAUCAUAAUCAUCAAGCGUUUACAAGUAAUAAGCGGCCGGCACUGGCCAUCAAGUCGAUUACUGGUCAGACACAAUUUUUGGUACCCGUGGCCAACAGUGGCGGCAAAAACAAGUUGGUUGUUGUACCGAAACAAAAAGUAUUGAACUAUUUGAAACCAGUUGGCGGCGGAGGCGGGCAAACCACCACCACCAACAAACCGAUGCCCAUAUUGACCAACAAUACUAAUAAUACAACUACGACAACGACGACCAGUUCAUCGUCGGCGGCAUCGCUGGUGACCAAAACCAUUUCAUCAGCCAAUCAUAACAAUAAUAAUAAUAAUACACUCGUGUCGACGAUCAACACGAGAGGCGCCGCACUAGCGUUGAAAUCGGCAGCGAUGGCAGCCAAACACUCAUCGUCGUCGACCUCACUGUUGAUGCGAUCAAAGAUCGGCGGCAAUGUUAGCGUAAAAAAUACGUCUCCCGUGACUACUACAGCUGCUUCAGUAGUAGUCAGACCAGCGGUACCCAAACUGACCGAAAAGCAGUCAAAAGAUCAUUUUAUGUCGUGUUUAGGUUUGGUCACCAAAGAGACACUAACAGAGCUGCAGAGCCGCAAAUGUGAACGAAAACGCCGAACAACAGCCAAUCCGCAGUUUUCGUCGGCCGCUUUGGAGGCCAAACGUAUUACAAAACUUGAAUUAGCCGAACGUAAGGCCAAACGGCGGCUAAUGAUUAACAAUUCGUAUAAUAUUGCGGCCAAUAAUCCUGGUCCCGGGCGYCCGCCCAACAAUCCGCUGUCAUCUAUCAAUAAUAAUAAUAAGUCAUCGGUGGCGGCGGCGGCCGCGGCCAACCACAACAUAUCAAAGCCAAACAACAAUAGCAUUACAUCGCAAAACACGGCUCCGGUAGUCAAUGGCGGCGGCGGUGGUAAUCAAAACAAGUCAAACAACAACAAUAACGCCAGUUAUCUGAAUAGUAGCGCUAAUCCCAAGUCAAUCGGCGUCGAACAACAAGAGUUGGCACCCGGUCUCUAUAUUGUUACCUCAAUCGGCAAACAUUUGUCGGCCAAUUGUCACAUUUGCGAGGAACUGUGCGAAUGCGAUAUCGAUAGCAUCUUGUUUUGUAAGCCAUGUAAAACAUUGUUUCACGCCAUGUGUACGACAACAGUGGACGACCUAAAAAAUCGACAGGCCCUACCCAAAUGUCCUAAAUGUGAUGCCCAGAGACGGCUAGUCGGCGAACAGUUGGCCAAAAAACGUCGAGAACGCGACUGUUUGGUUAAGAAAAAACAGGAAUUUGACGAUCAGUUACAACAGAUGAGGAAAGCCCUACAAACUCUCAAAUUGAAGAUCAAAGAGAAAAACGAUGAAAAGCUAACACUAGUCGGCCGUCACGAGAUUGUCCAGAAGCGGGUCGACAAGAUUAUCGAAACACUGAAGAUUGUCGAAGACACCGGUGAAUGGGACGAGGAGGACAACGAAAAUCUACAGCCGCCAACACUGGUAGCAGUGACGGCGGAAACGGCUAUAGUCGAUGGCGACAACAACACCAACAACGACAACAUUGGCCAGACAAUAAGCGGCGGUCAAGUGUCAAACAAUAACAACAAUGAUGAUCAACAGUCGUCACGAAACGCACAAUUAGUAGUAUUUACGGGACUAUCGUCGCCGCCGCCACCGACGCUCGAGUUGCAUACGAUGGACAACAAUAGCAAACUCGAUGAUGUCGACGAUGCAGCCGCUGAUGAGGAUGAAGAUGAGGCCAUGGAUGUUGAGGAGACCAGUCGGGCGAUCGAACAGUUGGAAAAGAUUAAUAGAGGAGAACUAGAAGAUAACAACAACAACAACAACGCCGAUACCUAUGAGAUUGAUUUGCGAUGCGAUGAACGACCAGAACUGGUGUCGUUGAGUAUGGACGACGACGACGCCAUUGAUCACCACAACCAUCAUCAUCAUCUCAACCAUCACCUCAAUCAUCAUCAUCAUCAUCACAGACCAUCGGGUAUCGGUAGUAAAGGCCAUCAUCAGCUGUACGAACAACUGGACAACAAUAGUCACGAAAGUAAUAGUUGCGCCGAUAUGUACGAUAUGUACGUCGAAGAGGUUGUACGGGGAAAUCGGUCGUCGAGGUCGUCCUCAAGCGAUGCCAUUGGCGGCAGUGGCGGCGGUAGCGGUAUUGAGGCAAUGGACGCCGAAAAUGUGGCCUUUUUUGAUACCGAUUUGCAUGUCACGGCCGCUGCCAAUGAUAGUACCAGUGCUGCUGUUGCUGGUAGUGAUGGUACCGGAGCUGCUGUUAUCGCUACCAUGAAAUCGGUAGUAAAAUCUGAACUAAACAGCAAUAGUCAUAAUAAUAAUAAUAAUAGUGUUAUUGAAGAACAUAAUAAUAAUAAGGUUAUGAUAUAUUAGCCGAAAAAAAAUUAAUUAAUUAAUUAAUUAGUUUAAAU